AUGGCACCUCAUAUCCCCGAGAGCGUGAACUCCGAACCCGCCGUGAAGGCGAAGAAAUCGCCUCCGGGGAGAGCCUACGUGACGUUUUUAGCGGGUAACGGCGACUAUGUGAAGGGAGUGGUCGGAUUAGCAAAGGGUUUGCGUAAAGUCGGAAGUGCUUACCCUCUUGUCGUGGCUGUCUUGCCUGAUGUUCCUCAAGAACACAGGCAGAUCUUGAUCGCCCAAGGAUGCAUUCUCCGCGACAUCGAACCUGUUUAUCCUCCGGAGAAUCAAGUUCAUUAUGUUAUGGCGUAUUACGUUAUCAAUUACUCGAAACUGCGUAUAUGGGACUUCGAAGAGUAUAGCAAGAUGAUAUAUAUGGAUGCCGAUAUUCAAGUUUAUGACAACAUUGACGACCUGUUCGAGAAGCCAGACGGGUAUCUGUACGCCGUAAUGGGAUGCUUCUGCCAGGACACAUGGAGUUAUUCACCGCAGUACUCGAUCGGUUAUUGCCAGCAGUGCCCGGAUAAGGUCAGAUGGCCGGCCGAGAUGGGAUCUCCCCCUCCUCUGUACUUCAAUGCCGGGAUGUUUGUGUUUGAACCGAGCCGCUUGACUUGUCAGAACCUUCUUCGUGACUUGCAAGUCACGCCUCCUACACCAUUCGCAGAGCAAGAUUUUAUGAAUAUCUUCUUCGAGAAGGUGUACAAACCGAUUCCUUUGGAGUACAACCUUCUUCUGCAAAUGCUUUGGCGCCACCCCGAGAACGUGGAACUGGAGAAAGUCAAGGUGGUUCACUACUGUAUAGCUGGGUCGAAGCCAUGGCGGUACACAUGCAAGGAAGCUAACAUGGACAGAGAAGACAUCAAGAUGUUAGUGAAGAGAUGGUGGGAUAUAUACAACGACGAAUCCCUCGACCUCGAGACGAAAAUCCCUGCAGCUGCUGCUGCAGAAGGAAAACUGGUCAUGGCUUCAGCACCCGAACCGUCUGCUCCUUGA